AUCUUACAGCCCACACUGUACUGGGGCCAUGAAACACAUUGGGAGACCCUUUGUUAAAACUUGGUAUAAAUUUUCAGGAAAUAAAUUAGGAAAUCCUAAUCUUUUUAGGCAAAAUAUUUAAGGUAAGGUAUAGAAAGGAAGGAAGAAAUGAAAGAGAAGAGGAGGGCAAUACUAAAGAUGGUUAUGAUUAUCAACUCUGAUAGAACUGUAUCUAAGCAAUUGCUUUCCAAUUCUCCCCAAUAUCUUAAUAAGAAAAGGAGCUAAGUAUUUUGUCCUCCUCCUUUUUAUUGCAUUGCAACCAAAGAAUGACAACACAGUAACACGUGUUGGACAGCACUCUACAGUUUAUGCAUCUCCUUCACAUGUAUUAUUAUUUUACUCAACCUUCAUGGGAACCUGAAGAUGGCUAGAAUCUGUCCCUGGAAAAAUACCUCUAAGGUAAGCUAAAUAUGAUGAGAUGUCUGAAAAGGGAAAGGAGGUCAUUUCUCUACAGCCAAAGAAGUUACUAGGACUAUAAUAUUAACUCCUUGGAUUUGUUACUGCAGUUCUGAAUUUCAUCUCAUACUGAUAGCCUGAUAGUCUGUGUCAGAAAACUACUGGAAUACAGAAACAGAAAGCUUCUGGUAGGACGAAGGAAGCAGCAGCCCACUUCCUGUCAUGGAGCUCUCAGACGAGGCUCUGUCACUGAAAAACACAGCACAGUGUUAGGUAGAACCACUGAAAUUGCCAAAAUAGUCAAAAUGCUGAAAUAUGGACAAUUUUAUAUAGUAUAACUUAAAAAGAAAGAACCUUUUCUAGCUCUCUGGUGUAGAUCUGUGUCUGAGACCUCACUCUACUGCUGCUUUGUUAUGUGAUCUUGGCCAAGUCCAUUUAACUUUCUCUGAACCCAUUUCCUCAUCUGUGACAAAACAAUGUUUUUCUCAUAAAACAAUUGGAAGAAUCAGAAUAUAUGGUGUGAUAAAUGUCUAAUUCAUAAAACUAUCACUAGUAUAUAACCAUAAAUGUGAGUUAUUAUGUUGGACCAGCAAUGGGUUAGCUGGUUGUUUGUAUAAUCUGAGACAGUCAAGUCUUCCCUGGUCCACCUGUAGCCCCUUACUUCUAACUGUGAAUUCAAAUAUCAGGGGUUCUUCCUACCCUUCAAUACAACAUCCAUUAUUCACUGAGUUUUCUACUCUUAUCUUAUUAAUUCUUUAAUCCACUCUUUUUGUCUCCAUCCCCAAUUUUAGGUCCUCAUCUUAUCUCUUGGCUAUUGUUAUGAUUGUCUCCAAACGGUCCUCCCUGCUUCUAGCCUUCACUUCUCAGUCAUCUUUCCUACUGCAUACAAUCCAACUAUCUAAGUCCUUUGCUAAAAGCCUGCAUUUGCUUCCCAAUAAUCUACAGAACAAAGUCCAAGUCACUUAGUAUAGCAUGUGGGGCACCCCAUGACCUAAUCCUUACUAACUUCUGCCCAUCUUCUACCGUUGUCUCCUUAAUGAGCUGCAGUAACAAAUAGCAAAUUGCUUUUAGUUCUCUGCACAUACCAUCCAUUUCAUCCUCCUGUGCCUAUGUUUGUGUGGCUUCCUUAGUCUGGAAUGCUCAUCCUGUUGUUUUUAUUCCCUCUAGACUAGUACUCAUCUUUUGAGACUCAUAUUAUGCAUGUCAGAUGGGACUCUUCCCAGGUUCCCGGGUUGGGGUGGGUACCUUUCCUCUCUGCUCUCACAGACUAGUUAUUGCAAAAACUGCAAUUGCUGUGUGGCAGGAGUUUCCCAGGCAGAGCCCCAUGGGCAGAGCUGCCACACUGGCUGCUCACCUCACCACAGUGACUUUGCCCAAGAGGUAGAGAAAUAAAAGGAGAUGGGGAAAAUGGGGAGCUGUCAAAGAAGGCUGAAGAGAUACGGCACUUCUAAAACAUUUCGCUGAAGAAUUGUAAUGCAGCUCUGUUUUCAACCUGGAUACUUGAAAUUCAUUUACAGAAACCGGUGCCAUGGUCAUUAGACCAGACUGUGUCUUCGUGGGAUGUGAUGGGGAGGUGAUCAGUCUAGAUAAUCACAAAGCUGCUCUGUUACCUGGUGUCCCAGAGCUCGUAAUAAACACAGCCCAACAAUGACUCAGAGCCUCUUUAAAAGCCAAAACAAGCUGAUAUUCUUGCCAUGACAGUUCACAAAGGCUUUUACUUUUGAUCUAGAAGGAAAUACAGGUGAAGGCUAAUUUGGUGUCUUCUGAGGGUAGAUAGAAAAAGGGUAUGAAGUUUCAUCAUUACUGCCUGAUACCACUGAUUGUCUCUGUGGUUCAGUUAGCCGCAUCUUGAGAGAAAAGGCAGAAUGAGUCCGAACAUUCCUGGAUGGCAGCCCAGCCCUGCAGGAUUGAAAAAACGUACAAGGAAGGCCUUUGGAAUACGGAAGAAAGAGAAGGACACUGAUUCUACAGGUUCACCAGAUAGAGAUGGAAUUAAGAAAAGCAAUGGAGCACCAAACGGAUUUUAUGCAGAAAUUGAUUGGGAAAGAUAUAACUCACCUGAGCUGGAUGAAGAAGGCUACAGCAUCAGACCUGAGGAACCUGGCUCUACCAAAGGAAAGCACUUUUAUUCUUCAAGUGAAUCGGAAGAGGAAGAGGAAUCCCAUAAGAAAUUUAAUAUCAAGAUUAAGCCAUUGCAGUCUAAAGACAUCCUCAAGAAUGCUGCAACUGUAGACGAACUGAAGGCAUCAAUAGGCAACAUUGCACUCUCCCCGUCGCCAGUGAGGAAAAGUCCGAGGCGCAGCCCGGGUGCAAUUAAAAGGAACUUAUCCAGUGAAGAAGUGGCGAGACCCAGGCGCUCCACACCAACUCCAGAACUUGUGAGCAAAAAACCUCUGGACGACACUGUGGCCCUGGCCCCUCUCUUUGGCCCACCAUUAGAAUCAACUUUUGAUGAACAGAAGACAGAAGUUCUUUUAGAUCAGCCUGAGAUAUGGGGUUCAGGCCAACCAAUUAACACAAGCAUCGAGUCGCCAAAGUUAACAAGGCCUUUUCCCACUGGAACUCCUCCACCACUGCCUCCAAAAAAUGUACCAGCCACCCCACCCCGAACAGGCUCCCCUUUAACAGUUGGACCAGGAAAUGACCAGUCAGCCACAGAGGUCAAAAUUGAAAAACUACCAUCAAUCAAUGACUUGGACAGCAUUUUUGGCCCAGUGUUGUCCCCCAAGUCUGUUGCUGUUAAUGCUGAAGAAAAGUGGGUUCAUUUUUCUGAUACAUCCCCGGAACAUGCUACUCCAGAGUUGACUCCAAGGGAAAUGGUGGUGUCCCCACCAGCCACAUCAGACAACGCAGCCGACUCCCCGGCUCCGGGAACCCUGGGCCCUCCAGGCCCCCCAGGCCCCCCAGGGACCCCGGGUCCUCUUCGCAAUGCACCGUCACCACUCAAUUUAGAAGAAGUCAAGAAGAAAAUCGCUGAGCAGACCUUCAUUAAAGAUGAUUACUUAGAAACAAUCUCAUCUCCUAAAGAUUUUGGGUUGGGACAGAGAGCAACUCCACCUCCCCCACCACCACCCACCUACAGGACUGUAGUUUCAUCCCCUGGACCUGGCUCGGGCAGUGGUACAGGGACCACCAGUGGUGCGUCGUCCCCUGCUCGGCCAGCCACUCCCUUGGUUCCCUGUGGCAGCGCCACCCCGCCUCCACCCCCUCCCCGGCCUCCAUCGCGGCCGAAGCUGCCUCCGGGAAAACCUGGAGUCGGAGAUGUGCCCAGACCUUUUAGCCCUCCCAUACAUUCUUCCAGCCCUCCUCCGAUAGCACCCCUAGCCCGGGCUGAAAGCACCUCUUCAAUAUCGUCCACCAAUUCCUUGAGUGCAGCCACCACUCCCACAGUUGUGUCAGAAGAUGAUGUUUUUUAUGAUAAACUGCCCUCGUUUGAAAGGCGCUGUGCAACGCCAGCAGAGAAUGAACAGCCAUCCCUCGUUUGGUUUGACAGAGGAAAGUUUUAUUUGACUUUUGAAGGUUCUUCCAGGGGACCCAGCCCCCUAACCAUGGGAGCUCAGGAUACCCUCCCUGUUGCAGCAGCAUUUACAGAAACGGUCAAUGCCUACUUCAAAGGAGCAGAUCCAAGCAAAUGUAUUGUGAAGAUCACUGGAGAAAUGGUGUUGUCCUUUCCUGCCGGCAUCACCAGACACUUUGCCAACAACCCGUCUCCAGCUGCUCUGACCUUUCGGGUGAUAAAUUCCAGCAGGUUAGAACACGUCCUGCCAAAUCCCCAACUUCUCUGCUGCGACAAUACCCAAAAUGAUGCCAAUACCAAGGAAUUCUGGGUAAACAUGCCAAAUUUGAUGACUCACCUAAAGAAAGUGUCGGAACAAAAACCCCAGGCUACAUAUUAUAAUGUAGACAUGCUCAAAUAUCAGGUGUCUGCACAGGGCAUUCAGUCCACGCCUCUCAACCUAGCAGUGAACUGGCGGUGUGAGCCAGCAAGCACUGACCUGCGCAUAGAUUACAAGUACAAUACGGAUGCAAUGACAACAGCUGUGGCGCUCAACAAUGUGCAGUUCCUGGUCCCCAUAGAUGGAGGAGUAACCAAGCUCCAAGCUGUGCUCCCACCAGCAGUCUGGAAUGCAGAACAGCAAAGAAUAUUGUGGAAGAUUCCUGAUAUUUCUCAGAAGUCAGAAAAUGGAGGGGUGGGUUCUUUAUUGGCAAGAUUUCAGUUAUCUGAAGGCCCAAGCAAACCUUCCCCAUUGGUUGUACAGUUCACAAGUGAAGGAAGCACUCUUUCUGGCUGUGACAUUGAACUUGUUGGAGCAGGGUAUCGAUUUUCACUCAUCAAAAAAAGGUUUGCCGCAGGAAAAUACUUGGCAGAUAACUAAUAGAAUCUUAUGCAAGGAUUUGGAAGAUUCAUGUAAUGGAGAACUGUUGUAUGAGAAACAGAUUUUAAUUUUGGUUUAAUGAAAAUAAACCAAAAUCUGCACUUGGGAUAUAUCUGCUGGAAAUGUCAGUGACUUUCAGCACUGAUUUCCCUCACAUAAUACCACGAUGAGCAGUCCUACAGUAUUUACUUUUAGGUGUAAUAUUGUUAAUGGUUUUAAAAUGUAAUUAUUGUAUUUGUAAAUUGUACUCAUUCCAGUAAGGCAGUUAGACACUUGAGUUUUAGCAUUUUACCAUUCCUGAAAUGGAUGUAAUUUAAACUGUGGUAUGUAAAUUUAAUAGUAGUCCUGUUGAAUGGCACAAUGCUUACAGAGGUAGAUUGCAUUCUGUCAAUAUAUAAAAUUGAAAUAUAAUAUUGAUAGCCGUCAUAAAGGGGUACCACAUAAAAAAUUAAGUGGAACCAGAAAAAACUUCCUUUUCUUCAGUCCUUAGUAAGUUUUAAUGUAGUGCUAAAUAAAAACUCUAUCUUCAAAUGUUUAGUGAGUUAAAUUCAGGAACUAUUUCAGAAAAAAAGUUCUAAUGUUAUGGCAUAUUCAAAAAAAAGCAUUAGUUACCACUUUUUAAAAAGCUUUUUUUUCAAACUGCAAAUUUCAUAAAAAUGCAAACUGUGUAAACAAGGGCCUCUUAUUUUUAUAACUUGUGUAAAAAGGGAAAGUAAUUCAUAUUUAAAGUUUAAGUAUAUGAAAUUAUAACCAAGAGUAAAGAUGAUGUUGAAGUCUUAACUACUUCCCUCUCUCUACAGUUUAGCAAAUGUGGAGAUUGCUGAAUAAUGUCAGACUAGAACCAAAAUUGUGAUUUUAAAAAUUUAAGACUGUCCAUAGUUGAACUGGGUAACAACUUUUCCACAGUCACUUUAAAAAGGGAGUCUGUCCCACCUAGCAAGGAGGAGGGCACCACAUAUCUUCCUUUUUACCCAUAGGAAUCAAAACAUUGAGACUACAAAUCCUAAACACAAAAGCAUUUUAGUCCUCUGUUUAAAUCCAGAAGGAGAAUUUUAAUCAUCAUCAUUUAUAUCAUUAGGAAGGAAAAAAUAAGCUUUAAAAAUGAAAUUCUAUCCACAUUAUUGUGUGAUAAAUUUCCUUUUGGAUAAGAUUCAUUUUAUGUAGCUAUAAAUCUUUGCCAUUCUUGGGGAACUAAAAGAGAAUUAUCAAAAAUUUGUGUCUUGAUUUCAUUGUUGCUCGAUAUAAUAAGAACUGUAAUUACUCAAUCUGACCUCUCAAUAUAGGAUUCGAAAUAGAGAAGCACUUCUUCAGAGGUAGGUCUCAGUUGUAAAACCUUCCUUCUUUAUGAUCUGAAAACAUGAAACUUCCUUUAAGUCACAGAACUUAUUUUAAAUAUAAACCAAUUUCUAUUCUAGGUUAUACUAUUAAAUAACUUAAUUAAGUUGUUAUAUUUACCAUUAGUUGCUAAAUUUCAUUUUGCAUUCACUCAUGCUUGACAAAGAAUCUUUACCCCUGUAAAUUUUAGAAUCAAAUUAAAUUUUGUAAGUCUUACUUUUGAAAUGAGAUUGUGACUGGCAUUUGUUUAUAGUGGAAUUUUUAAAUUAAUUUUUGUACUUUUCAGUCAAUGCUUGCUACCAAAAGAAUGUUCAAAUGAUCUGUUUUACCUUAAAGGAAUUCUUAUUUUUCAAAAAAACUCUCAAUUGGCUCCCCAAGCAAUCUGGUGUUGAAGUUUUUUGAACAAAAAAUUAAUAUAUUCAUUUUAACUAAAUAUACUCAAUUUGAUUUUGAAACAAAAAUAGAGAAUACAAACUUUUAAAUCUCAUGAAACAUGGGGACAUUUCAAAUACUAAAACCAAUCUAGAGUAAGCAGCAGAAGAUUGAAAAUUAUGCAGCAUAUAAAUAUAAAAAUGUGUUUUUAAGUAAUGAAUUCAUGAAAAACAUGUUGAAUAUUAACACAAACCAUAUUUAAAAUGUGUAAAUAUUAGUGGUUUCCAUGUCUUGCUCUUUGUAUUUUAUUGUAUUUUAUUUUUUAAAGUCCUAGAGUGAAUUAGUAACUAAACACGAGUUUUUUCCAAAGAGUAGUUGUAUUGAUAUUGUAAAAAUAUAAUUUUAAAUGUAGAUUACAAUAAUCGCCACUGUUAUUCAAAUGUUUCCAGGAACCAAAUUUGAAACUAUAAAGAUAUCCUACCAUGCCAUAAUUGGUCUUUGUAAAUCUGAAUGUAAGUCAGUGAUUUCAAAACUGUUCAACCUUGAAUAACCAGAACCUUAAUAGAGAAUAUUCCCUUCUCCUUUCAGAAAAUAGGUCAAAUAAUAACACAGUAAAUUUGUAACAGGGAUUUAAAUUUGGGUAGUUUUUUUGAACCUAAUGGUUUAUAAUCUCCUGUUAUACCUGCAGCCACAAUACUGUACAAUAAGAAUUCUGCUAGGAAAAAUGAUUCUAGACAAUACAAGAGUCUCAGUUAUAAAAGAAACAUUAAAUCAGGUUCAUUAUCCAUUCCUGAAACAGGACAAAAUGGGCUAGUACAUAUUAAGAUUUCAAUACCAGGGGUUAAAAUUUUUAAAAAGGGUUUUCAUUAACCAGAACUCCAUUCCCUGAACAUUAUGAUUUAAAAAGGUUCUGCUCUAAUAAGAUAGAAAGUAUGGAUAUGAUACUGCUUGAUUUUGACAACAUGGAAAGUAUGUUUUUCUUUUCAAAUGAAUUCCAUAUUUUCGUGAUAGUUUUAAAAAUAAAUUCUUAUUAAGAAUUAGUCUGAAUUUUGCCAUAACUGGAAUUUAUAAUUCCUAAGAUUUAAAAUUUUUAUUAUUUUUUAAAGCUCUAUUCUUCUUUACACCUACAGCCAAAAUGAAAAUCACUGUAUGAUAUUUGGAAAUAUAUUUCACCUGCAAAGAGAAGACAUUUCAAAUGGUUUCAAGGGGGAAGGAAUGUAUUAUUUUUGUUUUUAUGAUUUUUACUCAAUCUCAAUCUGCAAAGUGUUUGAGGCAAUAACUACACAAAUUUCCAUGUCUAAGUCUUCUUUACAAAGAAGUCUGGUAACUACAUUAGCUCUACCACCAACUCCUACUAUGUGACCUUAUGUAAAAUGCUGCCCUUUUCAGUUUCUCCCCUUGAGAAUGAGGAAUUGGGAUUGCCAGUCGUUUUCAAGAUAUUCUGAACAGCAGGACCUUUUCUAUUAAAAUUGCACGUGGAAUCCUUGUAGGCAAAAUAGCUCAAAGCAAUGAAGGAGUUCAUCCAGCAGUUUAAUUCCGGGCCCUCCAGAGCACUGAUCAGUGAUCUAUAAAGUUUCUUCCACUUCUGAAGUUCCAUGAUUCUACUUGACUCAGAUAAAUCCUCCUUUUGGGGCUUCACAAGGAAAUUUGUACAAUUACUACAAUUGACCAUGUAUAAUAACAAUCGCUAUUUACUUAAGUGCUUACCAUAUGCCAGUCACUAUAGAUAUUAGUUCAUUGAAUUAUUAUGUGAAUUGUACUUUUUAAUUCCUUUUUCACAAAUGGUGACAUUGAGGCUUAGACAGAUUAUUAAUUUGUCUAAAGUGACACAGUAGCUGAAAGGAACCCAGUUAUCUUCACUUGCAGAGGGAGCCCCUUACCUAUUUUGCUUGUUCAUUCUGGGAAAUAAACCCUUCUUUGUUAUUUUACUAUACAGAUUACAUUUGAAUUCCAAGGUAAAAGGUGCUGUGAAAAAUUAGUAUCAAAAUAAGGAUAAUUCCAAUAACAAAAUUGUUGGAAAAGAACAUGUUUCUCAAAGUAUGAUUUGUGGACCACUUGUAUUUUUAUUUUAAAAGGGCAAUGAUUUUGGUUUUGUCACCACUAUAUCUUCAGAGCUUAGAAGAUAGCAGGCAUCAAAAAAUUUAUAAUGAAUGAAUAAAUCUCUAAGGAUGGGGUUUAAAAAUAUGUAUUUGACAAGCACCUGAAAUUUGAGAAUCACUGCCCUAGUAGAUUCCUCAGGUCCUUCUUAGUUCUGACAUUAUAUCAGAUUUUAAACAUUAAAUUAUAAUUGAAUACCAUUUUUCUAGUGAGUUUAUUUCUUUCAUUCGGUCCAUAUAACUGCUUCCAAUCUUAAAAAAAAUAGAGCUUUUUCUAGGAAAAUCCCUCUCUUUUCCGUAGACUUCUCCUUUUAUGCUAUCUUACUCUCAAGGUAGCUUGAAAUGCAUUUUCUCAUUUUCACACUUCUGUCCUUCUCUUUAUUGUCUUGAAAGAUUAAAAGAGCAGAGGUGAGGUUGCAAGCUGUCCUUAUUCCAAAUACAAAGUCUUAAUAAACGUCUCCCCUUGCAAGGGACACAAACUUGUGAGUUGACACUGGUUUUUUUUUUCUUACUUUGACUCAUCUUUAUUCUUUUUUUUUAAUUGAAUAUAGUUGAUAUACAAUAUUGUGUUGGUGUCAAGUAUACAACACAGUAGUUCAACAGUUACACACAUUAAUUAAAUCCUCAUCCCAACUAGUGCAGUUGCUAUCUGUCAACUUAAAAAGAUGUUACAGAACUAAUGGCUCUGUUCUCCAUGCUUUAC